CAAACUCCAACAUCGUCGGCAACAUCACAGCCAACAUCUCCGUCCCCACCAGCCGGCCCGAAGGCAGCGCGACGAUCACGGCGGCUUUGUUCGCGUUGUAUGGCAAGAGUUUUAGUGGGAGUGUGGAGUUUUGGAAUCGUACCAGGCUUUGAAAUGGAAGGCUUGAUUGAUCGGUUGAGAAUUGAAACUUGGGGAUUUCUAUCCGAGAAAAGAAACUCUUAUUAUUCUUUAACAUCUGUAAGCUAUAUGCAAAUGCAUCUUGUAUUAUGCUGGAAUCCACGUUCUUUCUCUCCGGGGUUUCUGAUUACUGCAAUCAUCGUAACGGUCGUCACAUCGACUAUUGCCCCUGUUGGGAGCGGAGGUGGCGUUGUUGUACUUGGAAUGGGCUCGACGGGAUCGAAGGAAAACUGUGGUGGUGGGAGAUCGAGAUCCGAAGGAGAGGGUGCUUGGGGUUGCAGUUGCGGUUCGUCGUGGUUUGCAUUCGACAACGUCGAUGCUGAAGCUGAGGCCGCUGCUUUGAUGAUGUCCGCCGCCUAUGCAAAUCAUUGUCAGCUUUUUCUCUGUUCCGCGUUCGUUG